AUGGGCAAACGGAAACUGACGAAGAUUGAGCCGGAGGAUAAUACGGUUGGUAUUUUUUUUAUUUUUUUUAUAGAAAUAUUGAGGUUAUUAUACUGAAUCUAGGGCAGUAUUAAACAGAAUUUCUAAAUUUGGAUAGAUUUUUUUAUGGAGUUUUUUUAACAAGGAUCAUUUAUUAAUUUAAGGGUAUUUCUCGCAAAUUUUCGGUGUUGAAAAAUCAAAAUUUUUUUAUUUUAUAAUAGGUCAGGAGAAAUGAGGAAAAAGAAUUUUUAUCGUUUUAGAAGUUCGAAAUCUAACAUUUUCUUAUUUUUUUAAAAAGCUUCCACUCGAAUAGUUUUUUUCAGAUUUUUUUAUUUAUUUUUUUCUCAACUCGCUUUUUUUCCACGAACCUUUGACGGAGAUCUUCGUAAACUUUAGGGUAUAUUGUCAAUUUUCGUGAAGUUUUUUUGAUGUUAAAGUUGAAAAAAAAUUUAAAUUUGAUAAUGAGUCAAGAGAUGUCAGAAAAAAAGAAAAGUAAUCGAUAUUGAAUUUCAAAAUUUCAAAAAUCCAAUUUUUCUUUACUUGACAGUUCUUAAAUUGAAUAAUUUUUGUGAAUUUUUCUCGUCUUUUUUUUUUUUCGUCACCUAGUAUUUUUUUCCACAAAACUUUUUGAAGGAGAUCUUGAUUAUUUUGGGGGUUUUUCUUCAAAAAUUCACUUUUUUUGAAUUUUUUUCAAAAAAGUUGAACAAUUUUCUAGGUUUUUCUGGUUAUUUGUUUUUUUGUUUUUCAAGUUUAUUUUUUCGCAAGCCUCAAUUUCGUAAAAUUUAUAUGUUGAAGUUCAUAAAUAUCAUGCAUAAAUAUCAAAGGGACAAUUAGAAAAUCAGAAAAAAAGAAAGUAAUUAGUAUUGAAUUUCAAAGAUAAGCUUUCGAAGGGAAAAAUAGACGGACUUUGAUGGGUGGAAAGUGAAAAAUUGCAUAUUCUGAAAAUUAUUCCUUCAGAAGAUCUCGCUUCUGCCCGCCGACGAAUUGGAACACAUCAAAGACACUUAUAAGCGGCGGAUCGUCGAUAUUGUAAGAUCUCGAAUAAAUAAAUCCAUUGAAAGGAUAACUUUUGAAGAAACCUGGCACCUAUGAUAACGUAUCGGAUAUCACGGCAGAGGAGAGCGAUCGCAGCGAGGCGACGGAGAAAAAACGGAAGAAGAAGGUGAAUUUUGGUGGGAAAUGAGGGGCGAGAUUGAAUUUCCGAGUGAUUCCUCGAAAUUUAAAAUACCCGUCAGGCGAAGAAAAAUAUAACUAGUUUUUGGAGGGUCAGAGAUAAUUUGAAAUUUCCGCGGGAAUUACUUCGAACACGCAAAAAAAAAAAAUUGCAUUAUGGUGUUUCAAUAGAAAAAGAGAGCCAUUACCAUUAAUAUAUUAAAUUUUUGAAAUUUUUCAAGGGCCCGUAACUUGAAAAUUUUGAGAAUCUGUUCAGAAAACCUUACGGAAAGUUUUUGAAGCGUAGAAGUCUUAAAUGGUUUAGAAAGAACUCUAUAAAUGUCUCUUUAUCGUAAGAACUUCAUCAAGUUUAUCGGUGGUUAUAAAAAAGCCUAAACAAGAAUUCUUGAUCAUGGAUUUUAAGGGAAAGAGAUAGAAGAACAUUUAAUUAAAGAAUUUUUUUGGUAACUAUCACCUUCUUAUUCAACUAUAUUUUGGAGAUCCAGAGACAAUAUUGAAUUUCCUUGCAAUCACUUCGAACACGGCGUUAUAUCUAUUCGAAAAAAGAAGCUUUUCCAGUUUUUCUCCUAUCAUUUUUUUUGAAGUUUCCACAAAAAAAAGUUCCAGUUGAAGCUAGAUCCAUAAGUUCGACGAAAAAAAAUCUCGGAACUUUGCGAAUAUUGAAAAAAAGCCCUUGAUCGUUGGAAACUUUGAAAAAGAAAUAUGAAAAAAUGUGAAAGCUGAAAAUUUCUGGAACUUCAUUGAUUUCUUAUGUCGUGUUCAAAAUGAUCUCUGACUCUCCCAAAUUUAGUUAUCUUUUUCUUUUCUCUGUCGAAUAUUUUGCAUUUCGCGAAAUCAUUUUGAACAGGGCAUUGAGUUCGCAUCAUUUCAGGAGAAGAAGGACAAAGAAAGACAUGUGAAAAGUGAGAUCGUCUCGGAUAUGAGCGAUGCGGAACAGAGAAUUCCAGGUUUUUCUUCGUCUUUUUGUGUGGAAAAAAAGUGUUUAUUUUUGAAAAGUAAAUGAAAAUUUUGGUCAAAACUGUGAAAUUUCACGAUUUUACGUUAAGUUGAUCAUUGGGGUUCUGGAAAAUCGUUGAACGAUUUUCAAAAGUUCAAAAAUAACUCUUAAAAAGUGAUUUUUCUUGAAGUGAAAAGUCAAAGGAAACUUCAUUCUAAUGAAAAAUUGGAGAGUUUUACGGAAAAUACAAGAAAAUUGGUCCGAAAUCUUCACAAUUUAGGAUUUUGCGUUAAUUGAUUUGUUAAGGUUUGUUGAAAAUUCCUGAAAGAAUUUGCGAAUUUUCCAGUUUUUCUUUAAAAAAAUGUCAAACUCGGACAAAGUCGGAAAGGGGGAUAAUGGCCGCUAAAAGGCUCAAAAAAGGCAGCAAAAGGAGUCCCUUUUUCAAAUCUUUCAUUUGUUUUCUAGGGGUUUAAAGGCUGGAAAAGGGAGAGGCAGCAAAACAGGAGCAUUUGUGGAGCGUUUUUCCAUCUUUUCCGACAUUGUUUAUGAAAAUAGGGUUUUUUUUUGGUAAGAAACAAAUACAGAUUUUUCCUACACAGAACCUUUCAAAGAGCCGACAGCCAUUUUCAACGAAGAAUCGGUGGAAAUUGCCCAAGAAGCGGAAGGAAACGAAGCAGAACCUUCGAAUGGUGAUGAAAAAAGGCGGAAAAAGGACGGACCCCACACGAGAAGCCUCGGCGUCAACCUGAGCACCGCCCUCAAGAAAUAUGCUGAGGUACUUGGGAAAAAAAUAUUUUUUUAGAAAUGUUUGAAAUCAAAAUUUUCAGUGCGGGUUUGAAAGGAAAGACCGAUGGAAAAAUUUAAAUUUUUUUGGUUUUUUUCCAGGAAAAAAAGCGGUUUUAAAAAAAUGGAAAAAAAUCGAUUUUCAAGUGAAAGUUUUGAUGGAAAAAGUCAGCGAAAAAAAUUCAAUUUUCCAAAAAAAUUUUGAUACCAAGUAUUAAAAAUAGGGUACUUGAAUUUGAGCAAGAAAAAAAUGUUCUAAAUGAACUUUUGAGGGUUUUAUCAGAAAAAAAGGUUCCAAAACUCGAGGAAUCCAGUUUUUUUAAUGAAGCAUUCGCAAGAGAGUAAAAAAAUUAUAUUUUCUCGAAUUUUGUUUGGAAAAAGUUUUACGAGUUUUUUUAUUGAAGAAUUUGAAAUUGAAACGCGGUGAAAAAGUUGGAUUUUUCUCAGUUGUUUUUUUCUAAAAAACGUUGACAACUCGAAAUUCAAUAGGUUUUUUUGAACUAGAAGAGGGUGUGAAGAAAAAGUUGAUGAUCUCCUCGAUAUUAAUUUAAAAAAACAGAAACAGAGGAAAAAUUUUCAAUAUUUGAAAAAUUGAUUGGUUUUUGAAAGAUGAAUUAUUUUUUUCGAAAAAAACUGAACGAGAAAAAUUUUUUUGAAGAUCUUAUUCGAAGAUAACUUAUUCAGAACCAAAUCCUGACGUACGAGGAAGGCCUCCGACGGAUUCGGGAAGACCCGAAAUGCGGCCUCUGCGUGAAGCUCCAACAGAGACACGUCUCGUUGCCCUAUCACAUGGCCGGUGCCGUCGCUUCAAAUCACGCAUUUCAGUUCAUCGCCAACAGCACUUUGGGACGGUAUCGGCGAGAGUGAGUUUUGGAAAAAAGGAGGGGGAUUGAAAAGGGAAGAUUCAAGCAAUCAAUCAAUGUUUAUUGGUUUCUUAGUUAGGUGGAAUCGACUAGGCGGCGAACAAGAACUUUGAAAGCUAUAGUCUGUUCAGAUUUUGAAUGUCAAGUGGUCGCUCAAGCUCCGCCCAUAAUGGUGCGAUAAACCAAUCAGAGAGCGAGCCAUCCACAGAGUGUUUUUGAAUGACGUCAUUGCACUUGAGAUUUAAAACCUGAACAGACUAUAUAACGAAGAGCCGCCUUUGGCGAACUAGAAGUCAAAACGUGUAGUUGAUCAAGUUGAAAGCAUGGUCUUUUGCGCCUAGGUCAUCCAGUUGCGCCUUGACGAGCUCAGGAUGUAGCUGAUGUUGUGCUGGAGCCCGGAGACCGUGCUCUAGGUGGAAGUCUCAUAAAUCGAAUGAAGACUUUACACGAAACUCCCUCUAAAUUUCCGUCUGUUGGUUGUUCGACCGGUAUCCUGUAUUGAUAUAAUACUGAUAUAUAUAGCUGAUUCACGGCCAUCUUGGGACGCUAAGGGGGCGUGUCUGGUCUGCGCUCUCCACGAGCCAGGCGCUAUCUCGUGCAUUAUCGUGUCAGGACCAUUUUUUCGAUGGCCAGCCGUGAAUCAGCUAUAACUUCCAUGCUGAUGAGGGUGGCCCAGCCGUACUAACACGGGCUCUCAGCGGGUGUGCCCGUAUCAACUCGUGAAAGCACGUCUGGUAGAACUUUUGGCAUUGUUUUACCCUAGCCACUUCUCCGCCUCUCUUCGCCAUGAAUUGACUGAUUCGAGUUGAAAAAAGUUUUUUUUUUUGGAAAAGCUUUAGGAACUCCCGAGUGCUCCACCUUAGGGAAGAAAGAAAAUUCCGUCUAAUUUUUCGUCUGUUGGUUGUAUUGAUAUAAUACUGAUAUAUAAUUCUCCUACCUCAGGACCCCUCUAGGGACCACUCCACUAACCACUAUAGGGCCGCUAAAGAUGGCAAAAGGGGUACCUAGAGGGGACAUGAUAGUCGAUAAUGGUUAUGAACUCUUAGCGGAGAACAAUUUUCAUGGGAAAAACUGAACAAAUAAGCGUUUUUUGAAUGAAAUUGAGAGACCCCUAUAGGGUCCACUUAGGGGCUCAGGAGUCAGACCGUAAACCCUUAAUACGACCACCUCAGUGUUACCCCUAUAGGGACCACUUUUUCGGCUCAUAUAGGGGCUUUUUACUCUCUUACCCCUAUAGGGGCCUCUCUGGAUUUCCUGAGUAAGCUUGGCCUAAGAAUUUCUGGACGCAUUUGGAAUGACUCAAACUGUCGCGGUCAAGAGGAUGAUUGACUUAAUUAUCUUGGAUAGUCCUAAGCGCAAGCAGUUUUGGGUCGGAUGCGAUAUAGUAGCGACCACCUAAGUUUUACCCCUUCAGAGAGCGCUAUAUAUCUACUAACCCCUAUGGCGACCACUUUUUCGGUAAUUUUUUUUUUGAAGCUUUUAGCGGAACUUUUUCAAAUCCUUGAAGAAAUUUUUUCCGUUUUACUUAUGCCAAUAAGUUUAUAACAACAAGAAAAAUUAUUCGAACUGUUUUUAGGCUCCAAGGCGUCGUCGUGGCGAUUGGCGACGUCCGCGCCGCCCAAUAUCCCCGUGUUCUGGAUGAUCAAAACGUGCUCCACACCGACGCCGUCAUCAAGCAGAUCGUUUUCAGGUCUCCCAGAACCUUCAACCUCUUUUUAUUCUGAAAAUACUUGAAGACCGAAGAUCGGCGAUACUUACCGUUCUUUGGUCCGACACAUUUCCAAGGACAUCAUCGUGGCGUUGAUCAUGGACGCAAUCACGGUUCAUGUGGCCGUUGACGACAAGUUCGAUCUUCGGUUGAAAGGUUCGGAAGGGGGAAGAAAUAUUGGUGGAAUAGAAGGAUGAAUGAAGGAUAAGGAGCAAGGAAAAGGUAAACUUUUUUUUCGACUUCUUAAGCUCAUAGCCACUCGCCUUGGAGAGGAAGGUCAGGUUACUAUAGGCAAUUCCUGAAAUUCUGACUAAUUUGAAAAAAAGGUGAUAAAGAGCGAGCGCAACUUUCAACAAACAGUCAAAUUAAACUAGUUUUUUUUUCGAAAAUUUUCAGCAAGAAAGUUUCUGAUGUACCAUAUCGAGUCUAUAUAAGUCUCAACACAGGUCCAAACGACCUCAAAAAGGCCUAAAAGAAGAGCCUAUAGCUCCUUUUUGAGUUCCUAACAAGGUUUCGAAAGUUGCUCAAAAUCUCCUUUUUUACAACUUUUUCCGCCUCCUUAAAAGGAUCUUUUCAGAAAAAGGCGCCUCUGAGGCCUUUUAAAGCUCUUUUUUCCGAAAGUCCUUUUUGAGACUUUGCGGAUUUGGCCUCGUGAACCUUUCUGAAAAAAAGACACUUCAAAGUCAAAAAAAACUCUUAAAACCUCCUUGAAUAUUUUGAAGUCUUUGAAUUUUUUAGACUUCGAAUAUAAGAAUUUUGGAAUCUUCUUUUGGUACAUCUGAGACUGACCACUUUUUUAGCGAAUUCCCAACCACUCAGUAAAUGAUUUUCCUUUGGAUUGUUUCAAAAAAGGUUGAUUUUUGAUAGUAUAUAUGGGCUGAGGAAUGAGAUGAAUUAUUUCAGAUCUUUCCCGAAAGUCAUAGAACAUUUUAAAAUUCGCUAGCAGGAAAUUUAUCCAAUCCCUUUGAUAUAGUACAACGACUAAAGGCUAGAAAAGGUUCCAAAAGCUUUGUAUAACAAAAAAAAACUCUUCUUGACGGGUUUCCGGAAUGUAUUCAAUGUUUUUCCGAUAGUAUUGAUUCUCGGAAAUAAAUAUCAAAAUUCCGGGAAAUGAUAGGGACAAAAGUCGGAGAGUUUCUCAGUGGAAAAAGUUCAAAAAAUGAUGUAAGGCUCAUUUUUUCAAAUUCCAGGAUCGAGCCUCGAAAUCGGCGACACGAUAAUGGUCAAGUACAAGGGGAUGCGGAUCAAAAAGGCGCUUUGCCAUUUGCAGGGCGAAUUUUUGGGCAUCAUGGAGAAGUUUGUAGCUUGUUUCCUAUUGAAGUGUUGAUGCAGAAGUUGGGAAAAUUCUACGUUGAAAUCGAAAAAUUCUAGAAAUUCUUCGAAAAAAUAUUUGAAAAAUAAACUCGCAAAAAAAACCCAGUGACUUCACGCAACGGAAGUAUAAACACGCAAAGUGUAUGCACUCAAGACGCAUUUCCGCAUACAGUACUCCCCGCUCUUGUCGUAGCAUCAAAAAUGAAUUAUUUAAAAAAUAGCCGAUUCACGGCUAACUUGGGAAGAGGCGUGGCCUGUCUGCGCUAUCUAUUUUUUAAUCGUUUCAGGACCCAUUUUUUGAUGGCUCAAACCAGCCGUGAAUCAGCUAUAACUCUAAUGUACUUGCCUUUAAACUGAGGAGGUUAUAAAAAAAGAAAAUUUUGCGAGCUUGUUAUAAUUUUUUAAAUGUUUUCUUAGAACUUCAAUUUUCCCAGAACUUUUAGAAAUUACACACUCGUGUAAUUUCUAAAAGUUCUGGGAAAAUCACUAAUGGCCACUAUAGAGGCUCGCCAAGGAUUACUUGGAGAGGACACUAAAGUGGCCACUAUACCCACCUCUAAAGUGGCGACUGUUUACCGUUUCAGUGGCCACUUCAGUAUUUUUUCAUCCAGUAUUCCUUCCAGUAAUUCUGAUAGUUUUAAAACAAACAUAUUAGACCAGUUAUGCUGAUCCAUUGACCCCUAAAGUGGCCACUAAGUGGUCUAGUAGUAGCACUUAGACCUCUAUAGUGGCCACUAAUUUUUAACCCCUGAAGUGCCCACUCAUUUGACUACUAUAGUGGCCACCAGAACGUCGAAACCCCAUAUUGGCCACUAAAAAUUUUCCCAGUAGAUUCUUAGGAAUUCCAGAGUGGUCUCUAUAGGGGUUGAGAAGGAUAACAGCAUCUAUAAAAAGAUUUAGUUAUCUUUUUCACUCUCUAAAGGUCAUUACGACUGUCCCGGAAUCACUUUGAACACGGAAACCUCAGAAAUUUAGUUCAUUUGAAACUCGAAAAAAAAACGAAAAAAGUAUGUUUUUGGAGGAAAAACUCCCGUGUGACAUCCGUUUCACACAGUUUAUAUGAUAGAAAAUGACUUUUUAAUUCGUUAACUGGGGCAAGUAGCAAAGUAUAGUGAAUAUAGGUUGUAAUAGUAACCUUUGUAUAUUGUGUAUAAUUUAUUGCUUUUAAAUUACAUUAAUUUGUAUUUUUUUACUGUAUAUUAAAAUUUCAUUUCUUUUAAGUCAAUAUAGUUUGAUUAAAUCUUUUGCAUGAUCAGCUUCACACGUCCCGAUUUUUGUUACAAUUGGAAAAAUUUUUCGGUAGAAUAUUGAGAAGAUCCGUUAUCCAGUAAGAACCAUUUUGAAACUCUAGAAAAAAAAUGUGAAAAAAGGAAGAUUUUUGAGGCAAAACCUGUCUUUUUUCUCGCUUUUUCUUAGAGAAUUCAUGAAGUUUUGGAAGACCUUGCGGGAGUACCUCCAUAGUGGCCACUAUUUUCCGUUUGAGUGGCCACUUCAGUAAUUUUUCAUCCGGUAUUCCUUCCAGUAACUCUGAUAAUUUUAAAACAAACAGAUUGGACCAGUUUUGUUGAUCCAUUGACCCCUAAAGUGGCCACUAAAAUUUUUAGUGGUAUAGUAGUAGCACUUAGACCUCUAUAGUGGCCACUAGAUUUUAACCCCUUAAGUGGCCACUAAUUUGACUACUAUAGUGGCCACUAAAAUUUUUGCCAGUUCCUGUUGUUUACAUGUGAAGACAUUUCAUUUACCUCGUCCUGAUUAUAUAGAAAUUAUAAUUAUGAUUGAUUAGAACUAAUUAGAAAAGCAGUUGUAGUUGUUUAUAUCAUGAAAUUCAUAGUUUGAACGCGGAAAAUUGCUCAAAAUGUACCCGAGAACUUGUUUUCCGGGAAUUAGGGCUCAUUUUAUUGUACCCUGUUUAUUAAUUAUAUAUUUGUGUUAGAAUUAAAGGGUAAGAACCCGGAAGUCAAGCUAGUUAGGUAUUUAUUGUAGUCUGAGUAAUGAAUAAUUAGAGAGGGUUCAAAAAGGAACAUAUUAUUCGACCUUCAAUGAUGAGUCGAGCGUGUUGAAAUUUAUUUUUUCCAUUUUUUUACUCCUAAAAUCGGAAUUCAUGGUUUUCUGAAGGUACUUAGGAUCUCCAGAGUGGUCCCUAUAGGGGCAACCAGAGGGGCUUUCUCUAGGGAUCAUUUUACCAACAUAUAUAGGACCCACUAAAGCUUAAAAAGUGGUCCCUGUAGGGGACAUGCCAGUCGAUAAUUGUUAGGAUCUCUAAGCGAAGAAGCAUUUCCAUGGAAAAAACUGAAUGAAUAAGCUUUUUUGAAUGAAGUUGAAAGACUCCGAUAGGGUCCACUUGAGCUCUAGGGGCUCAGGGGUCAGACCGUAAACCCCGAUAGGGACUACCUUAACUUUAUCCCUAUAGGGACUGAUUUUCUCCCUUAACCCCUAAAGAGACCACUCUGGAAUUCUCAAGUAGAAGGUGAUUUUUUUGCUAUAAACUUUGAAAAGUUCUGCUACUUAGUUCAAUUUCAUUUCUACCUCUGGAAUUCUCUGAAUAAACAAAUGCCAAGGUGCCCUGAUAUGAAUAUUUACGGUUUCAAAGAAUUUUCGGGAUCUGGUUAGAGCGUUGGACAUGAUCCUAAUAUUGAAUAAUCACUGAAAAAAAAAAAAAAAAAGAGAAAAAUUUUGAAUAAAACGGGCAUAAAUUCAACGAAAUUCAUGCUUUUCGAGCCGCAAAAUUGACAAGAUUUUAUGUAAAAUAAUAUUUCUGAACGAUCGUGUCGAUUAUAAUCAGUUAUUCUAUCAUUUCAACUUUAAGAAUUCCUACAAAAGUGUUGGAUUGAAUUGAAAAUUUAAAAAAAAGGCUUUCUCCAUUUGAUCACGGAAAAUAUGCAGAAAAGAGUCGAUCGACGUGAAACCGGUGCUGAAUCGAACGACUUUCGACGAGGACGAUGAGGAUUCUGAAUAG